AUGCAGGUAUAUCUAACCAUUCACACUGAGUCUUCUGUGCCUCCAAUUUCUGAGCUUGGCCCUGAUGCCUCAUUGGAGCCAAUGGAAGUCGAUGAAAUUUAUGAAUCCUUACGCAAGAAGAAAAUCGCUAUCAAGGCUCUGUUACUUGAUCAGGGUUUUAUUUCAGGUAUUGGCAACUGGAUUGCAGAUGAAGUGCUAUACCAAGCCAGAAUUCAUCCACUACAAACUGCUUCUAUUUUGUCCAAAGAAAGUUGUGCAACAUUACUUAAGUGCAUCAAGGAGGUAGGAAAAAGUGUUCUGCUGCCUAUCUAGAGUCUUAUUGGAAGUUGUGUGUGCGAG